ACUUUUUUGAAUUUUUUUUCUUAAUUGUUGUUGUUUUGUCUGAUUGUCUCUUUGUAUCAUCAAUUUGAAAUCUUUUACUUUUUCUUUUUCAUUUUUUGUUUGAUUUAGUGAUUAGCUGUUUUCUAGCCAUGGAUCCAACAAGAGGUCGUUUCAAUCCAAUGAACUUUGAUUCCGGUUUCACUCAGGAUUCAAUCAGAGCUUUGGGACAUAUUGAACAAGAGCUUUGUAAUGGCCUGCAAUCGGCAAGUAGUGCACUUCAGGAAUUAGCAAAAGAUAAACCGAGUUUGAAGCAAGUUGAACUGAAUACAAAUGCUUUCAUGAAGAGUUUACAGUCAGUUGAAGCCAAUUUGUGUCAACAUUUGGUUGGAAUAAAUCAAAUUUCAACUGGACAAACUCACGAAGGUUCCGUUUAUUCAGUUAAAAAGGUCAACAACAUGGCUUUUCAUAGACUUUCUCAUGUCACAAGUGAAUUGAACAAGAUUAAAAUCUCUCCAAAUUGAUAUGAUUUAAUUGUAUUCUUUUUCAUUUUCUGUUUGUAUUAACCAGCUCAAUCGAUUAAAUGUUAAUCUUUGAAGCAAAAUAA